CGCUGUUAAGUAUUUAACUGCAUUCCAUCUUUCUUUCUCAACAAACAGGAAACACACAUCCUAUAAAAAAUGAUUGACAUCCCCGUUAGCCACUGACGUCAACAAACCCCUCGCUUAGCCAAUCGCCCGAGAGAAGAAGGGCGGGACGUCCUGUAAUGUGAUGCAAAUUCGACAGUCAAGCUUGUUAGUCCCACCUUUUUGUGUUUCCCGCACCGUCAAUCAAAAUAGAAAAAAAUCGACCCGAAUUCACCGAUCAACACUAGCCCGCCUUUGAUAAAAUAAUCAUGUUUGGAGUUUAGUUGAUCAGAUAAUCCUCCCGGUUACUACCAUUCACGCUAUGACUGGUACGUAAACAUUUACCGCAUCGAAGCGUGCAACUAAUCGCGCCAGAGCAGCCUCUGAAACAAGGAGAAAUGGCGUCCGCGGACGUGGACAGCAGUCAAAGCGAAUUUCUGCAACCCGGCGGCGCAGCGGAAACACAGACGACAGAUAUGUCAGCUAUUCAGCUGACUGGUUCAGACCGAUGGGAGGUGUUAACUCCUGUCUCAACUGGAAAGGAAGACCAUGGAGUCGUUCACAUUCCAAACUCGGGGAUUGUCACGUCCAACGGGCAGUACAUGCUUCCUAUUGGGAGUCUUCCCAGCCAGCCCAUUUAUGUUACAGCGUCUGGGAAUGAGGCUGCCGCCAAUGGCGUGUCAGGCAUUCAGUAUCAGGUCAUCCCCCAAAUCCAAAAUGCAGAUGGGACACUUGCAGGAUUCCAAACACAGGGAUUGGAUGAUGGCACGGGGCAGAUCCAGCUCCUCCAAGAUGGCAGCCAGGGCAGCAUCGCAAUCAGUUGUGCCACGACGGCGGCCACAGACCUUCUUACGCAGGCGGGGCAAGUACAGUCAAUCCAAGGCGUCCCGCUGGCUGGGGGGGCAGCAUACACCGGCACAGUACCUGUAGGGCUGCCCGGCAACAUAACAUUCGUCCCUAUAAACAGUUUGGAUCUGGAGUCUCUAGGGCUGACCGGAGCGCAGACAGUCCCCAUCGCAACAGGGGUAACACCUGAAGGUCAGCUGAUCAUGAGCGAUCAGGAUGCUAGCGCCAAACAGCCGCUGGUGACGGUGAGCGAUGGCGGCGCCAACCCAGAACUCUACGUGCCAACCACCACUUCCUCCUCCAACUCCUCCCAUCUUCCGGAGACCAUUGACGGCACCGGGGUUCUGACCCAAGCAACCGCCGUAUCCGCAGGCGUGUCCGACCCCUCCUCCUCGACAAAUUUCAACUCCCACAACCACCUUCAGCAAAUCCAGGUCUCAUCCUCUAACGCCACCACUAUCUCGCAGCCCAUCCUGCAGCUGUCUGGGGACAAUCAGUCCCAGGUAGCCCAGGUGGCUCAGGGUCAGGACCUGAAUGCAGCAGCAGGUCAGACUCUACAGAGUGUGCAGCUGGUCAACCCGGGGACCUUCCUCAUCCAGGCCCAAACUGUCACUGCUACUGGACAGAUCCAGUGGCAGACCUUUCAGGUUCAGGGUGUCCAGUCACUCCAGGGGCUCCAGUUGCCCCAGGGGCAGGGGCAGGCCCAGCAGCUGACCUUAGCCCCAGUCCAGACCCUCCCUCUAGGCCAGACAGGCCAGGUCAGCCUGCCCAACCUCCAGACAGUCACUGUGAACUCUGUAACACAAUCUGGAGUUCAGUACACACAAGGGGAGGAUGCAAACAGUCCAGCUGGUAUCCAGAUAAAGGAGGAGCCAGACUCUGAGGAGUGGCAGCUUAGCGGAGACUCCACGCUGAACCCCAGCGACCUGAACAACCUGCGUGUUCAGAUGGGAGAUGAGGACAUGGAUACGCAGGGCGGGGAGGGCAAGAGGCUCCGCAGAGUAGCCUGCACCUGUCCCAACUGCAAAGAGUCUGGAGGAAGAGGUUCAGGGAUGGGGAAGAAGAAGCAGCAUAUCUGCCACAUCGCCGGCUGCGGGAAAGUUUAUGGGAAGACGUCUCAUCUCCGAGCUCACCUGCGCUGGCACAGCGGAGAGAGACCCUUCGUCUGCAACUGGAUGUUCUGUGGGAAGAGAUUCACCAGGAGCGACGAGCUGCAAAGACACAGGAGGACACACACAGGAGAGAAGAAGUUUGUGUGCACAGAGUGCUCCAAGAGGUUCAUGCGGAGCGACCAUCUGGCCAAGCACAUAAAGACUCACCAGAAUAAAAAAGGCGGGGUUCCCUCCACGCCUCCGCCCACCACCGACACUGUCAUAACCACCGACGGAACCACACUCAUCCUCCAGACCGCCACCACCCACGACCUCGUAGCCAAUCAGGAGAUCCCUUUACAGCUGGUCACGGUGGCACAUGGUGAGGUCAUGGAAUGAGGGCGUGAAUGGGGUGAGGUGGUUUUUUUUGAGAACUGGCCUAUCACAGGGACCUCUUGGGCUUUUCUCUUUCCCUCUUACCUUUUUUUUGUUUGUUUUUUACAUAUGAAUAUAUACGUAAAUAUAUAUGACAAAUAUAUAUAUUUUAAGUAAGAGUUAUCAUGACUUCAUGUUUGUUUUUUGCAGUCUUUUUAUAGGCGGGCAAAAAACCCCCAUUAAAAUGUGGUUGCUAUGUACACGCGUAAACACACACACAUACACACACAAGAAAACAUGUAUUAAUACUCAACACGAUGAAAUGCCUUAUUUUGUAUCAUACUCUUGUAUAAAAUGCUGGAGGUGCAUGUGUUUUUUAAGCUUUGCAAAUGUAACUGUAACGGAGAUAAAUGUGUUUGUGAGAUGGUGGUGGUGAUGAUGAUGAUGAGGAGGAGGAGGAGGAGUUUCUGAAAGAGAGAAAAGGAAGUAGUGAACCUCUGGGAUUAUUGAAUUUUUGUCUCUGGAGAAUUCUGACAAAACCGAGAGGUCUGUUUGAAGCAGCACUGCAUCCACGGUGAACUGUUGCCAUGAACGAACGUUUUUGUUUUUAAACGAAUAAUUCAACAUUUUGGGAAAUACGAUCAUUUGCUUUCUUGCCAAGAGUUAGAUGAGAAGAUUGAUACCACCCUUGUGUUUGUAUGGUAAAUAUGAAGCUCCUGGUUAGCUUAGCUUAGCUCAGUUCAAAGACUGGAAAUGGGGAAACAGCUAGCCUGACUCUGUCUGAAGGUAACAAAAUCUGUCUGUCAGCACCUCUAAAGCUCAUUAGUUAACAUGGUAUAUCUUGUUUGUUUAAUCCGUAUAAAAACAAUAUGUGAAAAUUUACACUUUUACUGUUUUUUAAACACACAAGAUACGUGUGAACUAAUGAGCUUUAUAGGUGCUGGUAGGCAAAUUUUGUUACCUUUGGACAGAGCCAGGCUAGCUGUUUCCACCUGUUUUCAGUCUUUAUGCUAAGCUAAGGUAGCCAGCUGCUGGCGGUAUCUUCAUAUUUAUUGUACAGAUACGUGACUGGUAUCAGUCUUCUCGUCUAACUUGGCAAAAAAGCAAAUAAGCGUAUUUUCCAAAAUGCAGACCUUUUCCUUUAAUAAAUCAGUAGCAGCUGUCGCCCAAUCACUGACAGCCAACAGGACGGUGACGCUGAUGUCAUGCUGUGCUGCUUCAAGCAGAGUGGGAGGUUCAGCUGGUGGUCAGAGUAGGAUGACAGUGCCACUGUUAACUGAUCUGAAGUUGGUGUUUUCCACCUUGGGGGGGGACGGGUAUAGGUGCAAGGCGCUCUGAAAAAGGGCAACUUCUUCCAGCAUCUGGUCAGUCUGAACAGAAUGUCUCAUCUGUCCCCACGAGCACACCGUCCGCUGUGCUUGUCCACGUCAAAAUACGUCUUUAUUUUUUCUUUCCUUUUUGCAUAUUUUUGUUGUAAAUUCACAUUGUAUUUCAGUUUUCUGUGUCUCUUCGCCGAUCUGGGUGUCGUCUAAAUCAAAGGCAUAUGGCGGUGAUCAUAGAUUUGAAAGUGUAGAGGGUUCACCUCUGAAUUCCUGCAGGGCUCUUCAUUGUCAUUGUCAGCUGCACACAUGUCUACAGGAGGAGAACAUACACCAAUGUUGCCAUGUGAAGAAAACAGAGAAACGGAUGCAACACACCAGAAAAAGUGUUUUUGUCAUCGAACAUUCCAGUUGGACACCAGAUGAUUGGGAUUAGUUUUGCAAUAACUGCUCUGAUGGUAAUUUGGGCCAGAUGUCACUCAAGUCAAAAGGAAAACAAUCAUGCCAUUGUCUUUUUUUAUUUUAAUUAAUGUAAUCCCUUCCUCAGUUUGUAGCAUUCAUUUACAUGUAUAUUAUCUUAUUUUCAUUGUUUAUAGAAGCCAUUACUUAGUUAACUGAAUUUGUUGUAUCAAAACCUUAUUUUAAGUGAUUUUUUUUUUUUUUUAAAGAAUUGGUGUAAAAAUUGAAUGUUACCUUUUGUAAAACCUUUUUUCAAAUGGAUCACAAUAAAAGUCUGAAACCUUC